AUGCGAGUGGUGAAUGAGUGGCGAACCCUGUUCGUGGGAGCGAACAACUCGGCGUUCGUGUUCGAUCUCGAUCGAACUCUAGAAUCCUCGACGGCUACGAAGUUAGACUGGAUGCCGGACUCGGUCGCCAAGAAGAAGUGCAGAUUGAAAGGGAAGGAAGAACACAACUGCCAGAACUACGUGAAAAUCGUAACUCCGGAUUUAACGAACGGUCGAGUGUUGAUCUGCGGAACCAACGCUCAGAAACCGAAGUGCAUUCAUGCCGAGAUGUCGAACUUGGAGAGUGAUUGGAGGAGAAGGAACGCGACGGACGGUCUGUACAAUUGUCCGUUCGCCGUCGACCAAAAAGUAACGUCCGUCUUCGCGGAGGGUAGCCUGUACGCCGGGACGGUCGCCGAUUUCAACGGCAGGGAUUCCGCACUAACGAGGUCGAUGGGCAACGCCGUUCCUCUCAUAACCAAGAGGCACGAUUCGUUGUGGCUGAAUCACCCGAAAUUCGUCGGAUCGUUUGUAGAGGGCAGAGAAGUGUUUUUCUUCUUCCGAGAAGUUUCCGUAGAAAACUGCGAAAAAAUUUAUCGUUCGCGAAUCGCACGCGUUUGCACCGACGACAAGGGAGGCAGAACUAUACUGGACUCCAGUUGGACGACUUUUCUGAAAGCGCGACUCGACUGUUCGUUCCGAGGGGAAUUUCCGUUUCGCUUCAACUACCUGCAGGACGUCGUUCGGACCGUCAGCGGGGGAAAGGUCUUCUACUACGCCGUUUUCACGACGGGCGAACACGAAAUACCCGCCUCGGCCAUCUGCCGUUUCGGCCUCGACGACAUAAGGGACAACUUCGAAAGAGGUCCGUUCUUGCGACCGACGGCGCCUUGGGGACGCAUCCCGGACGAGGACGUUCCAAACAACAGACCGGGCGAUUGUUCGGUCGACUCGACUCCACUCUCGUACGAAGAUCUAAACUUCGUGAAAUCGCACCCGUCGCUGUACGAACCGGUCGGAAGUGGGGACCCGCUCUUUACGCUCGUUCGACAAAACUACAGGUUGAAGACUUUGACCGUGACUGAGACUGGUAACCGUACGGUCGUUUUCGUCGGAACGGACGACGGCCGAGUCUUGAAAUUGGUGCUGUUGGAAAAUCGGGCCGUCCUUCUGUACGUCAUGCGCGCGACGGAGCAACCGAUCACGAACGCCGGGUUGCACGGGAAUUUUUUGUACGUAACCUCUACCGAUCGACUUUACGAAAUCCCUCUUCAACGGCAUUGCCGACUCCUGAAAGAUCGUACCCGCAAGCAAGAUCCGCAUUGCAGUUGGAUGUCGACGAACGUCGGCGUCGAGUUGGACCAGUCGGAACACGUGCAGACGGAGGAAAAGACGAACGCGGACGUAGAGUUGGAACCAAGACCGUCGGAGCACGUGCAGAACGCCGACUUGGAGUUGGACCCAAGGCGUUCGGAGCACUUGCCGAACGUGCAGGCGAAGAACGCCUAUCUGGACUCGCCGUCGACGGAUCACAUCAGUCUCGUCGCACUCGCGGCAAUAGGGUGGACACUUUGUAUAGUUGAAGCUAUAGGCAUUGUUUGGUUGAUAUUUAAAGUUACUUUGUUGGUACGGUAA